UUUUAUACAAUAGAUACGACAUCAAUUUAAAGCCAGUGUUUGUGUGGUUUGGACUCACCUGCUAUAGUUCAUGAAGCUUGAAUCUAAGGAGUACAGGGACUUUUGCAAUGACAAUAUGACUAAUAGUAAAGGAAGAUUUAUUUCCAGUAAAACAAGUGGUGGUCCAAGUAGUGGGGGAGGUUUUGUAGAUUGGACUUUAAAUUUAAAUACAAUUCAGUCUGAUAAGUUUUUAAAUUUACUGUUGAGUAUGGUUCCAGUCAUUUACCAGAAAAAUCAGGAAGACAGGCAUAAAAAACCAAAUGGAAUUUGGCAAGAUGGGUUAUCAGCUGCAGCACAGACUUACAGUAAUAGAUCCGAGCCACACAAAGAAUAUCACAAUUUCCCAGAACAGUCUUUUCAUGGCAAUACUGGGCACACCCCAUCAAGCUGUAGCCCAAAGUACGACGACUAUGCCAACUAUAAUUACUGUGAUGGAAGGGAGACUUCAGAAACAACUGCCAUGUUACAAAAUGAAGAUAAUUCCAGUGAUGGGGAUGAAGACACCAUUGUGGAAACAAACCAAAAAUUGCCAAAGGAAUCCAGUGGAGUCAUGGCGUUGCAAAUACUUGUGCCGUUUUUGCUAGCGGGCUUUGGAACCGUUUCCGCUGGCAUGGUUUUGGAUAUAGUACAGCACUGGGAGGUAUUCAAAAAAGUAACAGAAGUCUUCAUUUUAGUUCCUGCACUUCUUGGUCUCAAGGGGAACUUGGAAAUGACUUUGGCAUCCAGAUUGUCAACUGCAGUAAAUGUUGGGAAGAUGGACUCACCCAUUGAAAAGUGGAACCUAAUCAUUGGCAACUUGGCCUUAAAGCAGGUUCAGGCAACAGUAGUUGGCUUUCUAGCAGCUGUGGCAGCCAUUAUAUUGGGCUGGAUCCCUGAAGGGAAAUCCUACCUUGACCAUUCCGUACUGCUGUGCUCUAGCAGUGUAGCUACUGCCUUCAUUGCAUCUCUUCUGCAGGGAAUAAUAAUGGUUGGGGUUAUUGUUGGAUCCAAGAAGACGGGGAUAAAUCCUGACAAUGUUGCCACGCCCAUUGCUGCCAGUUUUGGGGACCUUAUAACUCUUGCCAUCUUAGCUUGGAUAAGUCAGGGUUUGUACUCUUGUCUUGAGACCUACUACUAUAUUUCUCCAUUAGUUGGUAUCUUUUUCUUGGCUCUAACGCCUAUCUGGAUUAUAAUAGCCGCCAAACAUCCAGCCACAAGAACAGUCCUCCACUCAGGCUGGGAGCCUGUCAUAACAGCCAUGGUCAUAAGUAGCAUUGGUGGCCUUAUUCUGGACACAACUGUAUCUGAUCCAAACUUGGUUGGGAUUGUCGUUUAUACACCAGUUAUUAAUGGUAUUGGUGGUAAUUUGGUAGCCAUUCAGGCUAGCAGGAUAUCUACAUACCUCCAUUUACACAGCAUUCCAGGAGAAUUGCCUGAUGAACCCAAAGGUUGUCACUACCCAUUUAGAACAUUUUUUGGUCCAGGAGUGAAUAAUAAGUCUGCCCAAGUUCUACUGCUUUUAGUAAUUCCUGGACAUUUAAUUUUCCUCUACACUAUUCAUUUGAUGAAAAGUGGUCAUACUUCUUUGACUGUAAUCUUCAUAGUUGUGUUCUUAUUUGCUGCUGUACUACAGGUGUUUACCUUGCUGUGGAUCGCUGACUGGAUGGUCCAUCACUUCUGGAGGAAAGGAAAGGACCCGGACAGUUUCUCCAUCCCCUACCUAACAGCCUUGGGGGAUUUGCUCGGGACAGCUUUGUUAGCCUUGAGUUUUCAUUUUCUUUGGCUUAUUGGAGAUCGUGAUGGAGAUGUAGGAGACUAAUCAAUCCUCUAAAGCUCUCAAAUUACCCAGGAAGAGAACAUUAAACGAUGGGUGACUUAUUGUUCUUUCUCAAAAAUCUUCAAUCAGGGUAAUUUUCACUUGGCCCUGAUUGAAUUAAAUGGCCUUAACUUUUUAAGAAAGGAAUUAGUGUUGAGACCUGAUUGAAGAGUAUUUGUGCUGCUUUUCAUAGAAUAAAUGCUAAGUUGACAUUG